GUUGUAAAUAAAGUGUUCGUGAUCAGAUUGAUGCUGUUCUCAUUCGUCUGCGGUUACAAGCAACUCUGAGAAGAGGACAUUUCAAAUAUCAGUAAAGAUGAUCGGCAAGUGUGGUAACCUGCUACUCUGCAUUUUUGCUCUGUGCUGCUCUGUGUGUUUCUCUGCCACCACUUUGCCCUUCACAGAAUAUCUUGACUCAGCCAACCUGGUGUCUGUCAGCUGGGGCUUUGAUAACAAUGGAGGACCAAUCACAUUUCAAGUUGUUGCCAAUACUACUGGGUGGGUUGGCUUUGGAUUUAGCCCCAGUGGAAGCAUGGCUGGAUCAGAUGUUGUAAUUGGAGGUGUCAAUCCAGAUGGCACAGUUUAUUUUACUGAUAGACAUGCAACAGGAAAUACACUGCCACUGGUUGAUGCAAAACAGGAUUACACCUUGAUAAAUCUGAAGGAAAGUGGCAGCACAACAACAAUGACUUUUAGCAGGCAACUUCAGACAUGUGAUACUGAUGACCUGCCAAUCACAGCAACACCAAUGAUACUGAUUUAUGCAUAUGGAUUAAACGAUACUAUUUCUUAUCAUGGAGUAUCAAAAGGUGCCAAGGUCAUCAAUUUGCUUAAUUAUGCUGGAAGUGUGCAAUCUGCAGUAAACUAUAGUUAUUUUGAUUUGACAGCAACAAAUUUUACAGUUCCAAAUCUGACAACCUUCUACUACUGCAAAAUAGUCCAAAUCCCUUCCUUUUCCCAAAAAAAUCACAUCAUUCGGAUUGAUCCUUUGAUCCAGAAAGGCAAUGAAGAUUUAGUUCAUCACAUGCUACUUUAUGCCUGCCCCUUUAACAAGAUGAUAUCUCUCGAAGGUGAAUGCUACUCUGGCCCAAAUAGCAAUACAUUUUACCUAUGUCAAGUUGUUUUUGCAGCAUGGGCUAUUGGGGGAGGGUCUUUUGAAUUCCCUUCCAAUGUUGGAAUUUCUGUUGGUACAAGUCAGGAUUCCCUGUACUUUCGUUUGGAGAUGCACUAUAAUAACCCACUGGCUACUUCAGGUCGUGUAGACAGCUCUGGCCUUCGAUUCUACUAUACUCCUUAUGUACGUCAGUAUGAUGCAGGAAUUCUAGAAACUGGAGUGGAAGUUGACCAAAACUAUUUAAUUCCUCCUGGAGCAAAUAUAUUUAAAAGCUAUGGCUUGUGUAAAACCAGCACAUUUCCUUCUUUGUCAUCUGGUCCCGUUUCUGAUCUCAAUGUUUUUGCAUCUUUGCUGCACACCCAUCUUGCUGGAGUGGCUAUCAGAGUUGGUCAUUUCAGGAACAAAACACAGAUUGGAUUUUUAGGAGUAAAUGAAAACUAUGAUUUCAGUCUACAAAGAACCAUAUUUCUAGGGCAAACUGCAGUAGUUACAGUAGGUGAUGAAAUUGUAGUGGAAUGCACCUACAAUACAACCAACCGCAACAAUGUUACCACAAUGGGGCUUUCAACCACCAAUGAAAUGUGCCUUGCUUUUCUGAUGUAUUACCCCAGAAACGCUAUUGCCAACUGUAACAGUGUGCCACAGGUCAUUUAUAACACAAGCAUAAUGAGUCAAACAACAUCAAAUUGGAACAAUGAUUCAAUUGCCUUAUUCCAACAAUUGCUUAAAACAAGCACCCAAACUGUGGUGGUGAUCAAUCUAACUGCUGGAAUUAAUAUGCAGGAAGGAUCAAUUCUUGACAUGCAGUCAUCUCUGGUGGCAGACUGCAAAUCUAUCCCCAUUGGCCAUGGCAAUUCAAUUUUGAACAACUAUUGUUCUCUACUGUAUCUGAUAUUGUUAAUUGUUGUCAUAUAUUACCUUGAAGAAGCACUUUAAAGAUAAUCUACUACACUGAAGUGAUAUGAAUACGCAUACUUUCAUCUGUCUGCAUAACAAUAAACUAUAAGUAAAAAAUAAUAGUAAUACGAGUAAAGGAUACAGUAAAAAACUGCAUUUUCUACAAAGCUGAUGUAGCAGAAUUGGAAUUGACCAGAAACAAUAGAGAUACAGAAAUAUUAAAUAUGUUUCCAAAGGUGUGGAAUACUAGUAAAUUAACAUGGCCAUUUCGUCAAGAAAUAAAGUGGAGAAAUAACACUGCACUUACAGAAAAUAAAUAUUUCUACACUGAGCUUUGUUGAAAAUUAAAAUAAAAUGUAAGAUAUAUCUAA